AUGAACAAUGAACAGUUACCUGAGGAAGCAGCACAUCUUACCACUUCGUCAGUUACUGGCAGUACUCCUGGUUUACAGAAACUAGAAGAGAUGAUACUUGAUAUUGGUGCCAGACUUGAUUCAUUAGAAAGUGACAGCCGAGACACUAGUAUUGCUGCAGUCAGAUAUCAGAAUAAACCGAAAAAGAAAAGGUACCCACAUGCAAAUGCUGAUGCUUUGUCACGGCAACCAUGUACAGCUGCUACAAAAGUCAUUUGUGGACCUAGUGAAAGUGAACUGAUUAAGGAACAGACUAAUGAUCCAAUUCUAGCAAAAAUCAUUUCAUACAUCAAGACAAAAACGGUAACAAAAAACCUCAAGGAUCAGCAAACAUCUCUACAUUUAGCAUCAAAAGGGGGUUACUAUGAUAUCGUACAGCUACUGUUAAACUCCAAUGCAGAUCCCAAUAUUUUUGAUGAGCAUCAGCAAACAUCUCUACAUUUAGCAUCAAAUGGGGGUUACUAUGAUAUCGUACAGCUACUGUUAAACUCCAAAGCAGAUCCCAAUAUUUGUGACAGGAAUCAGCAAACAUCUCUACAUUUAGCAUCAAAUGAGGGUUACUGUGAUAUCGUACAGCUACUGUUAAACUCCAAAGCAGAUCUCAAUAUUUGUGACAGGUAUGGACGAACACCAGCACAUUAUGCAGCAGAGAAUGGUCAUUUUGAUGCUCUAAGGUUAUUAAUUACAGUGGGACAAGCUGACAUAAAUGUUACAGAUGAA